GACUUGGGUUCAGCAACGGGCCUCUCGGCUACCUUGAAAAUGUCACUCUGUCGGGUUGACAGCUGUGAGAAUGCGGUGCUUCUGCGUUGCCUUUGCCGGGAGCUGCCCCCCCCAGGCUUGCAGCUUGCAGUCCUCAAAUCCUUUGACUGCGUGUUUUUUCUUUUCCCUUCACACCUCUUGACUGUUCGCCGGCUAUGCUCGUUUGGGACUCCUAGACAGGUCAUAGCAACGCUGCUGGAGACGCCCGAUAUAGGAGAUGCAGGAGCUUGCAUCAAUAUUCCCACAGCAUUUCCAGCCACCUUGCUUCAGUGUUGAUUUGUGCUGUCUGUUUGGUAUCGGUCUUUUGGUAGGUCUGAGUUCCGAUACGCUUAGGAUCUGGUGGAACAGGUCCCAGAUAACAUUAAGGUCCCUCAGACCCUCUUAUUGACAUGAAUUUCUUUGGCAACACCCGGUUCCGGUGCAUCCGAUAUUGGCGGCUCGUGAGAGCACACACUCACAAGCUUUUCCAGUCCGCCCUUUCCCUGUACUUUUGACUGGCUCAUUUGCCUAGAAACGUGUCACCAUAAAAAGCAUGGAUCUCGGAAUCAGAUCCUGCAGUGUCCCUUUGUACAAGAGAGGUUGUACAAGGUUGUUGUGGUCAACACGAUAUCAAGCACCCGUCUGCCCAGGAAGUGGGAAGCGAAGGCGAAGCGCGAUGGCCAAGAAACUUGGGAUCGGAGUUCUGCUCCUCAUCCUCCCCAAGACCCAGCCACUGCGUCUCUUGUUUGGGGAGAGGUGGUGGCUUGAUAUGCACAGGCACUAGCGUGAAACCUGUAUACAGUUCGACCAGGAGAGUCCUUACACCACUGUUGUUCGGUUGGGAAUAGCGCCAAUCGCGAAGCCACAAGAGGUUUAUGCACGGCUUACUGUGUGAAGUCCGUAGAAACGAACGGCACGAUAGAACACAUGACCAUGUAAUCUGUCUCAAGUCACCCAGACCUCAUGAUUUGCUGGGUUUGGAUUAUAAGCAUGUUGUGGCACACCUAAGUUUGUGAUGUCUCUUCAACUUGCUCUACCAGGGGCUUGCCGCAUGUGCGAGGACAAGCUUGGAAUGUGUCAACAUGAGUGUCACAGUGGAGA